GGAAUCACUCCCUCUGAAAUUAAAGCAUGCCUGAUUUUCCUUCUUCAGUCAAGCAACUACUCCACUCUCGGCGACAAUUUCUUUCUCUGUACAGUGUGAAUCAGAGCCAGAGAGAGAGAGAGAGAGAGAGAGGGCAUGCUAGAAACAUUUUUUAGGGUUUCGAAAUUGCAGUUGACUUUAGAGUGAGAACAUAAACGCUCACGUUCUCUGUGAUAUAAAAAAAAAAAAGUUUCAUGUUCUAUUUGUUAUAAUAUGCUACUAUAAAAGAAAAGGAGCGAAGGGCGAUACCUCCUCUUCUUGUCGUUCCUUCUUCUCUGUGGAACGUGAGGUUACGAAGACAUGACGGGGCGUAGAGAUGGGCUGUUGAUGAGAAACAGCGGACAGUCACUGCGGGGGUCGAGAAUCGCCCUUGCGAUUGCAACUGGAGUUCUUCUAGGAUGCGUCUUCGCCUUCUUGUUUCCUCAUGGAUUCUCUGCUUCCGAUCCGCCGGCUCAAGGUCGUAGAAUUCCAAGGACCAGUCUUCAGGUUGGUUCGUCCAUGUGUGAAUCACCCGAAAGGAUUAAUAUGUUGAAGUCGGAGCUUGUCUCAGUGUCAGAGAAGAAUGCGGAGCUGAAGAAGCAGGUUAGGGAACUAACCGAAAAGCUUCGGUUGGCUGAACAGGGGAAGGAUCAGGCUCAGAAGCAGUUCCUUGUUUUAGGUGAACAGCAUAAAGCUGGGCCUUUUGGCACUGUUAAAGGUUUAAGAACAAACCCAACUGUUGUUCCUGAUGAAUCUGUGAACCCAAGAUUGGCAAAGAUGCUUGAGCAAGUUGCUGUCCGGAAAGAGCUUAUAGUUGCACUUGCAAAUUCAAAUGUGAAGAAUAUGUUGGAGCUGUGGUUCACUAGCAUCAAGAAAGUUGGCAUACACAAUUAUUUGGUGGUUGCUCUGGAUGAUGAGAUUGUAAAUUUUUGCAAAUCAAAUGACGUCCCAGUGUACAGAAGAGACCCUGAUGAAGGUAUUGAUUCUAUUGCAAGGACAGGUGGUAAUCAUGCUGUCUCUGGCUUAAAGUUCCAUAUCUUGAGGGAGUUCUUGCAGCUGGGUUACAGUGUUCUCCUUUCAGAUGUUGAUAUUAUAUACUUGCAGAACCCAUUUGAUCAUCUUUAUCGGGAUUCAGAUGUGGAGUCUAUGACUGAUGGCCACAAUAACAUGACUGCUUAUGGAUAUAAUGAUGUCUUUGAUGAACCCGCCAUGGGUUGGGCUCGAUAUGCACAUACCAUGCGAAUAUGGGUUUAUAAUUCUGGCUUCUUUUAUAUAAGGCCCACGAUUCCCUCAAUUGAGCUUUUGGAUCGUGUUGCUGAUCGGCUCUCUUGGCAGAAGGCAUGGGACCAGGCAGUCUUCAAUGAGGAACUAUUUUUCCCUUCACAUCCUGGUUAUGAUGGACUUCAUGCUUCCAAGAGAACAAUGGAUUUCUAUCUCUUUAUGAAUAGCAAAGUCCUAUUUAAGACUGUGAGGAAAGAUGAUAAACUAAGAAAGUUAAAGCCAGUAAUUGUUCAUGUGAAUUACCAUCCAGAUAAGUUUCCAAGAAUGAAAGCAGUUGUGGAAUACUACGUUAAUGGUAAUCAAGAUGCACUGAAAUCCUUCCCAGAUGGUUCAGAGUAGGAAAUCUUGUUUUUUUCUUUGAGACAGCCCUUUGCUUAACAGGCUUUUAAUGUAUUCAAAAAGUAUACAUGUAGGUCAGUUUGAUUUCACCUUUCAAGAGCUCUGUGAAUUAUGUCUAUCCAUUUCCACUGGGUUUGUUUCCACUAUGAAUUUUGCUUUCUCUUCCACUAUAACUGAUUCUUGUUUUCAUUUAGUUAGCCCACCUGCCAUAUAUGACCCAGUGUUCCAUAGUUCUUAUGCAAAGACAAAAAAAGGGUGAGUAUGUUGUUUUGUAUUUCUGGAUGUAGACGAGUGUUCCCUGUAAUGUGGUGUAAUGUACUUAGUAGUCUUGUAUUAGUUGAGCCCUAGUUCAUCUACUUGAGCACGUCAACUAGAUAUUUGCUUUAUCUGAA